AUGACGAUUUUCAAAUCAUCUAAGCCUCCGCUACAACCGGAAAUCGACAUCGAGAAGGCUCGUUCGCCAAGCUAUGUCGAUCGCCUCCAGCAUGGCCUCGGCUUCCUCGGCCUGGCAACGGUCGGAGGCGGGACGGCGCUCGUCCUCGGCAUCCUGGGAUUCCUCCUCUUUCUAUGGUCGGCCGAAGGCCCCGACGACGGAAGAGGCGCGGCUGUGCUUUGGAGAUGGAUCAUGCUCAGAGAGUAUGUCACGCAAGCCAUCACCUUGUUGACGGUCCUCCUACGCGUUGCCAUUACCGCACAAGCCUCCAUCUACACCAGUCUCAUCGCAGGUGUUGUACUAGAGAGACACGGGGUCCCCCUCUCCCGAGUCGCCGAGAUGUCCAUUAUCCGAUGCAUCAACGACGGGCCCCUGAGGUUGGCAUGGCUGCUCGCCACAUCAGCACGGAAGUCGUGCCUACAGGUUGGGCUGGUCGUGCUGCUGCUCCUCACCACCUUUACUAUUCAGUUCUCUUCAACAUUCCUCGUUUCCGACUUGGCUGUCUCCUCUCUCAUUGAGGACGCGACGAACGCGACUCUCCAAGCAUAUAUGAGUCCCGAAGUGAUCUCGCUGAACCGCCAAAUGAACAAUUGGCCCCUCCGGCCGGCAUCUUACAUGCCUUUUGGUGAGGGCCCUCUGGCAGCAGAUGCGCAGCCGAACCAGCUCGGUGUCAGCGAUACCAAAGCUGUUCGUAGAACCUUUCUCCCCGUCCCGAUCGCGAAACUGUCUACACUCCGCCAGUACGACGGUGGCACAUAUGGCUUCGAAUCGCGCUUCGUAUGCAUGCGCCCUUCGGUCUCCGCUGCCCUCUCGGUGCGUAUGCCGCCGCCGUUUUCAGACACGGUACCCUUUUUCCUACAAGUGAAUGGCAACUUGUCCUAUAGCACCAUGUUUCGCGAAGCGGGCUUGCCACUGCCGCCAAACUGCGAAGAGGGGAGCUGCUUUCCCUCCAGCUUCAAUUGCACCAUCCCGCAGUUCCAGUUUACCCAGGCACAGGCAAGACAGGGUCUCGCAGACAGCCUGUGCGUCCCCAACGGCACCAACGCGCGGCCCAGCGCGCAGAACCAUACCAUCUCCGACGAACCCGUGACCGCCUACUCCCAGGUAUUCCUCUUCUUCAGGAACAACGGCACGUAUGACCUAUGGAGAGGGCCCGGCGGCCGAUUCCUCGUGGGCAACUUUGGGCUUCGCAACAUCUCGGCAACCGACGGCGAAUGGAUCACAUGGGAGCGAGCGAUAGGCGGACGCACACCGGAGGGAGAAAGGCUCGAAAAGGGGGUGCUGAGGCUGGACAUGUCGAUCUGUUUCCAACAGCUGGCAUUCAACUAUGCCGAAGCCGAGCUCUCGAGCGAGAAGGACCUGGGCGGAGCACAAGUCUCGUGGAACGCAGGGGCGAUGGCGUGGAACACCACAGGGGUGCAACGGCUCAUGGGCAUCGGGUCUUAUAACACAAACGCGACGGACCGUGGCAUCUUUUCGGUCGUAUCGACCAGGAACCCGCGCCACCUUAACGCGACGCAGUACCUCACAAACAAGCUCAUCAACGACUUGUACAACUCCCCACGCACCAAUAACAUCUCCAUCUUCAUGGACCCCCAGGGAAGCGGCAUAUCCGACGUCAAGCCGCACGUGGAGUACCAGGCCAUCUUCGCCGACAUCCUCAACGCGACCAACCGUCCCGGCGUCGCGAUGCAGUCGACGCUGACGGCCCUGUCGGGGUCCAUCAUCCAGGAGGCCAUGCCGCAGUUCGACGUCGGGGAUAACGCGACCAUGACCCCGUCAGUGCGGGUGCUGACGCCCCAGGGCUUCCGGGGCCUGCUCAUCGUCUUGGGCGUCGUGGCGCUGAACAUGGCGUGCGGCCUGGCCGUGGUGCUGGUGUUCAUGGUGCAGAGCCGGCAUUCCAGUCAGGGGAACUACUGGCAGGCCGUCGCGCAGGUUGUGUCCGACGAGACGGCGUGGAUCUUGGAGGGUGCGACGAGUUCGAGCGAUGGGCAUAUCGCGGAUGAAUUGAGAUGUGCGGACAAUUUUGUUCUCAUCAGCCAGUCUAAGAGAAGCGGAAGGGUACGAGUAACUCUCAAAUAA